AUGAGCACUCCUACAGUAACCACGGCGGUCGGUGCCGACGACUUGACCAUUCCCCUCAUCGACUUCUCAGCCUUCCAGACCACCGACCCUAGCAUCCGUGAAGCCACAGCCAAAGCCAUUCUCUCAGGCUUCCAAACAGCAGGCUUCAUCUACAUUCGUAACCAUGGCAUCGAUAAAGCUGCAGUGCAAGAAGCGUUCAAAUACAGCGCCGAGUUCUUCAAGAGACCAGUCAGCCAAAAAGAACAGCUCGCAUGGACAACUCCUGAAGCCAAUCGUGGAUACGUCCGCCAAGGUCGUGAAAAGACCACCGACCUCAUAGAUCCGGCCGAGAUUGAGAGACAGCGAGCUCUUGAAGGUGCCGAUCUCAAAGAGUCACUCGAAAUUGGACGUGAAGGUGUCGAGGGUCUGGAGAACCAGUGGCCAGAUCGGUUCGAUGAAGACGGCAAAGUGUUCCGCGAGAAGAUGUUGAGCUUCUUUGAGGUUUGCAAGGACCUCCAUGUGCAAGUGAUGCAAGCCAUUGCCGUUGGUCUCGGGAUUGAAGAAGGCUGGUUCGACAAGUUCUGCAAUGCAGGCGACAAUACGUUGAGAUUGUUGCACUACCCUGAAGUGAGCAGCAAAGUGUUUGCCGAGAACAAGAACAGUGUGAGAGCAGGAGCCCACACCGAUUAUGGAUCCAUCACACUGCUCUUCCAAGACGCGCGCGGCGGUCUUCAAGUUCUUUCUCCCAUGGGGACCUACGUGAAUGCGACACCGAUUGAAGACACGAUCGUUGUCAACGCGGGCGACCUUCUUGCGAGAUGGAGCAACGACACAAUCAAGAGCACCAAGCAUCGCGUCGUCGAGCCACCGGUCAAGGAAGACGCAGACUUCCACCCGGCUCGAUACAGCAUGGCAUACUUUUGCAACCCCAACUUUGAUCGCUUUAUCGAUGCGAUUCCUGGAACGUUUGAUGAGGCCAAACAGAAGAAGUACCAGGGAGUGAAUAGUGGGGAUUAUUUGGUGCAGAGACUGACGGCGACUUAUUGA